CAAGUAUCUCUAGCGGAGGUUUCCAAGGCUGCCUUGUUCGGGUAGAAUUGGAGAAUGAAGCAACUUCCUUAUUCUGCUUCUGCACUGGCUGCUGCUCACUUCUGCUUCAUCUUCUUCUUAACAGUAGCUGGAAAAUCCAGAGCUCAAAAUGCCAUCACUGACCCUUCUGAAGUGAGAGCAUUGAACUCAAUCUUCCAACAAUGGGAAAUACAGGCACCGCCGAAUUCCUGGAAUAUCAGCGGCGAACCAUGCACCGGAACUGCUUUGAGCCAAUACGAUUUCAACAAUCAGGCCAUCAUAUGCGAUUGCUCCUUCAACGGUGCUACUACCUGUCACAUCACCAGACUGAAAGUGAAAUUGCAGAACAUACGAGGGGUGAUGCGGGAGGAGCUUUUGGCUUUCAAGUUCUUAACCUAUCUGGAACUCGCGUACAAUUACUUCACUGGUCCCUUGCCGGCAUGGAUUGGGAAUUUAUCUACAUUGCAGCACUUGGAUAUUCAUGUCAAUGCAUUCUCUGGGCCCAUUCCUAAGGAGCUUGGAAAUCUUAAGGAGCUAACUCAUCUGGCUGUUAGUUUUAACAAUUUCUCCGGAAUGCUCCCACCAGAACUUGGUAAUUUAGUCAAACUUGAAAAACUUUACAUUGACAGCUGUGGAGUUGGUGGUGAAAUUCCCUCAACAUUUGCUAACCUUCUAAACAUGCAAAUCAUGGUUGCAUCAGACAAUCCUUUAACUGGGAAGAUUCCUGAUUUCAUUGGCAACUGGACAAACCUUACAAUAUUGGGAUUUGAAGGGAACUCCUUUGAAGGUCCCAUACCAUCCAGUUUUUCUAAAUUAAUCUCUCUAAAUUUUCUGCGAAUCAAUGGUUUGUCCACUGUGAGCUCUUCCCUUGAUUUCAUUAGAAAUUUAAAGAAUUUAACUGACUUAGUGUUAAGAAAUGCAUUAAUUGCUGGUAGCAUUCCGUCUGAUAUUGGAGAACUCCAAUCUUUACAAAAACUGGAUUUGAGUUUCAAUAACUUGACAGGCCAAAUUCCAAGUGCUUUGUGCAACAUAAGUUCUCUUACAUUCUUGUUUCUUGGAAAUAAUAGUCUGUCUGGUACCAUCCCUAGCCAAAAGAGUGAAAACCUAAUGAAUAUAGAUUUAUCUUACAAUUUUCUGUCUGGAAGCUUUCCCUCAUGGGUGAUUCCCUCAUGGGUGAAUACAAUUUUACAACUGAAUCUAGUAGCCAACAACUUCACGUUUGACAGUUCAAACAUAAGUCAUUUACCAGGAUUGCAGUGCCUUCAAAGAAGCUUCCUGUGCAACAGGAACCCACCACGUUAUACAAACUUCUCAAUCAAGUGUGGUGGGCCAGAGAUGAUUGUUGAUGGGAUAAAAUAUGAGGCUGACAACUCUUUUCUUAGCAAUGCAUCGUUUUAUGUAAUCAAUACUGAGAAAUGGGCAGUUAGCAAUGUGGGUUCAUUUUCUGAAAGAAGUAAGCCAAUCUAUAUGCAAAGUGCCUUGGAACAAGUGAGAAACACAAAAUCGCCAGAGCUUUAUCGGACUUCAAGGAUAUCCCCUCGAUCACUCAGAUACUAUGGCUUAGGCCUAGAGAACGGGCCUUAUACGGUUAACUUGUAUUUUGCAGAAACAGCUUUCAAAGAUCAAAGCAGUCAUACUUUGGAGAGUCUGGGAAGGCGAGUUUUUGAUAUUUAUGUUCAGGGAGCCAUUGUAUUGAAGGAUUUUGAUAUAUCAAAAGAGGCAGGUGGGGUUGACCGAGCAAUCACUAAAAAUUUCAAUGCUACUGUGACAGAGAACCAUCUUGAAAUUCACCUAUUCUGGGCUGGUAAGGGAACAUGCUGCAUACCAGAAACGGGUUACCAUGGACCAUCCAUUUCAGCAAUCAAUGUGGUACCAAAUUUCACACCAACUAUAAGUUGGAUUCCCCCAUGUACAGCAAAAGAGAAUAGGACUGGGUUGAUUGUUGGUGUUGCAGUUCCUGUGGGAGUUGUCACCUUCACCUUGAUAUUGAUAUUUAUAGUCUUCUACUUGAGAAGGAGAAAAGAUGAUGGUGAGGAAGAGCUUGUUGGAAUAGGACCCAAACCAAACACCUUCAGUUAUGCUGAGUUGAGAGCUGCAACAGAUGACUUCAAUCCCUCAAAUAAGUUAGGAGAAGGGGGAUUUGGUCCAGUAUACAAGGGUAAACUUUCUGAUGGGCGGGUAGUAGCUGUGAAGCAGCUUUCAGUAGCAUCUCGCCAAGGGAACAGCCAAUUUGUUACUGAGAUUGCUCUCAUAACUGUGGUGCAACAUUGCAACCUUGUUCAACUGUACGGAUGUUGCAUUGAAGGAAACAGACGCCUCCUUGUUUAUGAGUAUCUUGAGAACAAAAGCCUUGACCAGGCACUCUUUGGAAAUACAGACUUGCAUCUUGAUUGGCCAACCCGCUUCAGUAUCUGCCUGGCAACUGCUAGAGGACUAGCUUAUCUUCAUGAGGAAUCAAGGCUGAGGAUCAUACACAGAGAUGUGAAGGCAAGUAACAUUUUGCUUGAUUCUGAGCUCUGUCCGAAGAUUUCUGACUUUGGAUUGGCAAAGCUAUAUGAUGACAAGAAAACUCACAUCAGCACCAGGGUUGCAGGAACCAUUGGCUAUUUGGCCCCAGAGUAUGCAAUGCGUGGCCACCUCACUGAGAAGGCAGAUGUCUUUGGCUUUGGUGUUGUUGCUUUGGAAAUCCUUAGUGGAAGACCAAACUCUGACAACAGCCAGGACAAUGACAAGAUCUAUCUUCUUGAAUGGGCAUGGACUCUGUAUGAAAGCAACCAGAGUCUAGGUCUGGUGGAUCCAACCCUAGUUGAGUUUGAUGAAAAUGAAGCUUUAAGAAUGAUAAGAGUGGGACUCCUGUGCACCCAGGCAUCACCAAUGAUGCGACCACCCAUGUCAAGGGUUGUAGCUAUGCUUGCUGGGUAUAUUGAAGUGAGCCCUGUUGCAUCAAAACCAAGUUAUUUAACUGACUGCGAUUUUAAGGACAUAACAGCCAGGUUUGAGGCUGAACAGUCAGCAUCUACUGGUUCUGAGCACAGUGAUAACAAGAACAGGAACAAUCUCAAUCCAGAGAUAGAGGUGGUGGUUUCUCCAUUGAAUAUCACUGAAUUCAGUGACCUUACUGGGGAAGGAAGGUGACAGAUGUUGUUCCUUAAAAGCUCCAUUUUGCUACUUCUCCUGCUUCUACCUCUGCCGCAUAUUUUCUAGCUCUAUGAAGUAGAUACUGAAAUUGUGUGAAUUUCUGUCAUUCAUAUCAUUUGUAUGUUGAUCAUUUGUGUGUGUGGAAAUUGAACGUGACGUUGAAAUAUUGGCAUGCAAUAAGGCUGCAGUGUUUGU